CAUCGAGGUUUAGGGGCGGUCUAGUCAAAUAUUCUAUCACCAUGUCUCUUACAUCACGCCUCCUUUGCAAACAUAUGGCGAGUGACCAACCUUGGUCAGCCGUCUAUUUUAGUUCGGCGAGGUAUAGGUAUUAUUCCAAGGGUUUUAUACAAAGUCUCAUCGAUAAAGUUAAAGAAGAAUCUAACAAAGACACAGAGUUAAAAGAAAAUAUCAGAAAGUUUCGAGAAGAAACAGCGAAAUUAGAACAAACAAAGGAAUUGCGCUCUGUCCGGGAAUUUUAUAAAAAGAUAGAGAAAGAAAUGCCAGGCGAUACUGUAGGAAAAGUACGAGACACUUUCCAAUCUGUUAAGAGCAAAAUCCGUAAUGAUGCUCAGCAAUUUGCUCAAAACGAAACACUAAGAAAGGGUGUUGAAAAUUUAUCAAAAGCCAGUGAGCAUGUUAAGGAUGCCACUAAAUCACUUAGUGAAACAGAGUUCAUCAAGGCUGCUAUAAAAGGUGUUGAAGUAGUUGGGAAGGAGUUAGAAUCAGAAAGGUUUCAAAUGUAUCAAGCGCCAAGUAUUUUAAAAACAAGAAGUGAGAUCUCUGGCAAAGGUGAGGAACGCGUAAUACAACCAGAUAGUGAAAGUUCUGGUGUUGUCGUGCACAAAGAUUCAAAAUGGUUCACUGCAUGGCAAGAUUUCAAGGAAAAUAAUCAGUACGUUCAAAGAUUUUUUGAUUUGAAAGCUCACUAUGAAGAGAGUGAUCAUUUAGUUAUUCGGUCAUUACGAUUUGUAACUGAUAAACUAUCAAACCUAUUCGGUGGCCUGAAAUCAACAAAUGAUUUACAACAGGUGCUAGAUGAAAUCACAAAAAUGGACCCUUCUUUUGAUUUGGAGUCGUUUAUACGUUAUUGCCGAUUUAUCGUUAUUCCGAAUGUACUUGAGGCCAUAGUAAGGGGAGACUUACGUAUUCUCCAGGAUUGGUGUCACGAAGCCGUAUGUUUUCUGGUUCUAAUAUAAUUAUUGUUUUAAUAGCCAUAUAAUGUAUUGGCAACACCUUUGAAUCAGAUUAAAGAACUUGGGUAUAUUUCUGAAUCUCGCAUACUGGAUGUACAUAAUGUUGAUGUUCAAAUGGGCAAAAUGAUGGAGCAAGGACCAGUGUUGAUAAUUACAUUCCAAGCACAACAGAUAAAUUGUAUUCGUGACAAAAACAGAAAUUUACAUGAAGGUGAUCCAAAUAAAGUAUUACGUGUGACAAAUGUUUGGGCUUUGUGUCGUGAUCAAAGUGAAAUGAAUCCACUAGCAGCGUGGCGUGUGUUAGAUAUUGCUAUGAUGCCAUCUGAACAAUGGAUGUGAUAAUUGUUCUUAUCCUAGCACCACAAAUUGUGUAUUUUAAAUCAAAAUUGGUAAAUAACUUGUUAUUAAUUUUCCUACAUUGAAAAUGUGUGUACAGCUUGAUUACCUAAUCUUUUGAACAGCAAUGCUCUUUUAAUCUCCAGACUUCGUAGAACACGCACAAUUAUCGUUUAAACUUUAGUCGAUCAAGAUUUUGUGAAUACUUUCUUGAUUCGGGUAACUUUUCUUCUACGCAAAGCAUUUAUAUGUAAGUAUUAAACUAGAUUUUAGUCAAAGCAAUUAACUUAUGUUUCGUUUUUUUCGGGCAGUUUGAAAUCAUCUUUUGUCCUUUUUUUGCUUCAAAGUAUUUGUAUUCAUUAUUAAUCUAAUUGCGAAAUAUUUUAUACAUAAUUCAAUAUCUCUCCACAGCUGAUAAGAGUAGACAAUCAAAUGUCAAUGGGAUGAUUACGUAUUAGAUAAAAAUAACUUUUUGAGCAUAUACAUCAAAAGUGUAUGUAACGACAUUUUUUGUGUAAGUUAUAUCGGAUCAAUACAUAUGUAUGCAUGUGAUAAGGGCAAUCUAAGAUCAAGUUACGUAUAUAUACUACUUUACG